AUGGACUGCUGCAACAUCAUUUUUAAGGAAUCUCCAUGCACAGAUGUUUGCAAAGGGUAUCAAAAUAUUCUUUUUGUGCCUCCAUCAAGCUUGUUCAUUGAACCUUGUGACAAUAAAAUUUUUGAAAGCCCAAUGUGCAAUGGGAAUUUGAUUACUGAAGGUGCUUCGAGAUGCGAGAAGCUGUUUUGCAAGGAUGGAACUAAGAUGCCUUGCAAUCAAUCCAACAACUGCAAUAAAUGCUGUUAUAUUCGACAAGAAACAGCACUUCCAUGCAAACCAUGUUAUAUUGUGAGAUGUCAAGAACAAUCAGAAUGCAGAAAACAACACAAACCAAAAAGUGGAGAGCCACAAUGUGGAUGUGUUUAUGGAUGUCCAUGCAAAGCUGCUUGUUACGACUGGAAUCCAGCUGUUCGAACAUUCACAAAUUAA